GUUCGCUCGAGCGCUCUGAACAAUGACUGCGCGAGAGGAUGAUGUGAAUCUGGACAAAUGAGUGAUUUAACAUCAAUACUGCACACCGCGCUGUUUUGUACGCUUUUUUCACAACAAACACCCUGAAUAUGUGGAUUCCUACAGAACACGAGAAAUACGGAGUCGUGCUGGCCAGUUUUCGAGGAACGGUGCAGCAUGGCUUGCCUCUGGAGAUCGGUGACACAGUGCAGAUCCUGGAGAAAUGUGAAGGUUGGUACAGAGGAUUUGUCCUCAAGAACCCGAAUGCCAAGGGGAUUUUCCCAUGCAGCUACAUCCAUCUGAAGAAUGCUAAUAUCAAGAAUAAAGGGCAGUUCGAGAUGGUGGUGCCGACCGAAGACUCUGUCAUUACGGAGAUGACGUCCACCCUGAGGGACUGGGGAGCCAUGUGGAAGCAGCUCUUUGUGAAAAAUGAAGGAGAUCUGUUUCACAGACUGUGGCAUGUGAUGAAUGAGAUUUUGGACCUCAGGCGGCAGGUUUUGGUGGGUCACCUGACCCACGACCGCAUGAGGGACGUCAAACAGCACAUCACGGCACGUCUGGACUGGGGCAACGAGCAGCUGGGUUUGGACCUGGUACCCAGGAGGGAGUUCAGCAUGGUGGACCCGGAUGAAAUCAGCAUCACCGAGCUCUACCGUCUGAUGGAGAAUCGGCACAGAAAGAAGGAAACUCCGACUCCUGUCAGCACACAUCACCUGUUUGUCCAUCUGAAGAGUCUGAUGAGCUCAAACCUGGGUGAAGAGCUGGAGGUCUUCUUCUUCAUCUAUGAUAGUCGAGAGAACAAACCGCUCAGUGAAAGGUUCUUUGUUAAACUCAAUAAAAACGGUCUGCCCAAGUUUCCCGAGAAGACUGAAAGACAAUGCACACUUUUUGUGGAUCUGGGCAGCGGCGACCUGAGGAAAGACGUGUAUAUUGUGGUACACAUCAUUAGGAUUGGGAGGAUGGGUGCAGGAGAGAAGAAGAACACGUGUAAUGUGCAGUACAGACGUCCGUCCGGCUGUGCUGUGGUCAGCAUCGCUGAUCUUCUCACUGCUGACUCCAAAGAUGACCACCUGCUGAAGGUCUAUGCCUGCAACACAGAGAGCGACUGGAGUCAAAUCCACGACAACAUCAUUAAGAAAGUCAACUCCAGAUACAACCUCUCAGGAUCCAACACAGGUCUGGCGGUGGCGCUUCAGUUGCUGCAUGGCGACAUCGAGCAGCUGCGGAGAGAAUACAUGGUGCUCUUCACCAGAGGAGUGUCCAUUACCAAAAAACUAGGCUUCUCUGAUGUCAUCAUGCCAGGUGAGAUGAGAAACGAUCUCUACAUAACGCUGGAGAAGGGCGAGUUCGAGAAGGGAGGAAAGAGCGUGGCGAGGAAUGUAGAGGUCACCGUCUACGCGCUCUACGCGCUGGACACCGAUGGACAGAUCCUCAAGGGGUUUGUGGCCGUGGGCUCGGGCGAGCCGGGCGGAGACGAGUAUCACACCUUCGUGCUUUACCACAACAACAGCCCGCGCUGGGCGGAGCUAAUCAAGCUGCCCAUCCCAGUCGACAUGUUCCGGGGCUCUCAUGUCCGCUUCGAGUUCCGCCACUGUUCCACAAAAGACAAGGGGGAAAAGAAGCUGUUCGGCUUCUCAUUCGUUCCUCUAAUGCAGGAAGACGGGCGGACUCUGCCCGACGGCACCCACGAGCUCAUCGUUCAUAAGUGUGAGGAGAACGCUAACCUGCAAGACUGUGCUCGCUACCUCAAACUGCCCUUCUCGAAAUCAAAUCUGCCCGGCAACAACCAAACUAUGAAAGGCACUAAGGAAUCCCUAUGGAUCACAUCAUUCCUCUGUUCUACCAAACUCACUCAGAACGGUGACAUGCUGGACUUACUGAAGUGGAGAGCCCAUCCGGAGAGAAUCAGCGACAGCCUGUCUAAACUCAAAGAGAUCGAUGGCUCAGAAAUAGUUAAGUUUUUACAAGAUACACUGGACACGCUUUUUGGCAUUUUGGAUGAGAGUUCACAAAGAUAUGCACUCAAGGUGUUUGAUUGUCUGGUGCACAUUAUAAACUUGCUCCAGGACAGCAAGUUUCAGCAUUUUAAACCAGUCAUGGACACCUACAUUGAAAGCCACUUUGCAGGAGCCCUGUCAUACAGGGAUCUGAUCAAGGUGCUGAAGUGGUAUGUGGAUCGUAUUAUUGAAGCGGAUCGUCAGGAACACAUCCAACAGGUGCUGAAGGCGACGGAGUAUAUUUUUAAGUAUAUUAUCCAGUCACGACGGCUGUUUGCGCUGGCCACGGGCGGACAGAACGAGGAGGAGUUCCGCUGCUGUAUGCACGAGCUUUUCAUGUCCCUCCGCUUCUUCCUCUCGCAGGAGAACAAGGGCUCACGGCCCAUCACACAGACACAGGCAGUGUUUCUGCAGUCGUUCCCGGCUGUGUACGGGGAGUUGCUGAAGCUCUUUACGGUCAGGGAAGUGGCCACGUUUGUACGGGAGACCUUGGGCAGCCUCCCCACCGUGUCCCAAGCCGACUGCCCCCUGGAGGCCGUCAAACUGCACUGCAUCGCCAAAACCGUAGAGAGCCAGCUCUACACCAACCCUGAGUCUAGAUGUAUCCUGCUCCCGGUGGUGCUGCAUUUGCUCCAGGCUCACAUGCAGGAGCAGCGAGAUCUCGUCAUGUGCGCUCACAUACUCACCUGCAUGCUGUCUCUCCUCAAGAAAGACGACAAGGAGCCAGACGUAUCCGAAGAGGUGGAUCUGAUCGUGGAGAGUGUUUUGAGUGUCUUACUGCGGACCAUAUUGGAAAUCGCUAACCGGCCACAACCAGCAGGGCCUACGCUACGGCCCCAAGUUCAAGACGUUACGGUAAGAAAACCAAAUAAGGAAGCAAGCUUUAUAGAGAAUAGGUACGGAGACAUGCGUGUCAUGAUGGGAUGUGAGAUCUUUAGCAUGUGGCAGAAUUUAGGAGAGCACAAGCUGAACUUCAUCCCAGCGAUGAUCGGCCCGUUCCUGGAGGUGACGCUGGUGCCUCAGCCGGACCUGAGGAACGUGAUGAUCCCCAUCUUUCACGACAUGAUGGACUGGGAGCAGCGCCGGAGCGGAAACUUCAAACAGGUGGAGGCAAAACUAAUUGACAAGCUGGACAGCCUCAUGUCAGAGGGCAAAGGAGACGAAACAUACAGAGAGCUCUUCAACAGCAUAAUUCCUCUGUUCGGUCCGUAUCCUAGUCUGUUGAAGAAGAUCGAGAGAGAGACGUGGAGAGAGAGCGGGAUAUCCCUCAUAGCCACGGUCACACGGCUUAUGGAGCGACUGCUGGAUUACAGAGACUGUAUGAAGUUGGGGGAAGUGGAUGGAAAAAAGAUUGGCUGUACAGUCAGUCUGCUGAACUUCUACAAAACAGAGCUGAAUAAAGAGGAAAUGUACAUCCGCUACAUUCACAAGCUGUAUGACCUGCAUCUGAAAGCGCAGAAUUACACAGAGGCCUCAUAUACACUUCUGCUGUACGACGAGCUGCUGGAAUGGUCUGAGAGACCCUUGCGGGAGUUUCUGAGUUACCCGAUGCAGAGUGAGUGGCAGAGGAAGGAGUAUCUGCACCUCACCAUCAUCCAGAACUUUGACCGUGGAAAGUGUUGGGAGAACGGCAUCAUCCUGUGCAGAGAGUUAGCGGACCAGUACGAAUCCUACUAUGACUACAGAAACCUUAGCAAAAUGAGGAUGAUGGAAGCUUCGUUUUAUGAUAAAAUAAUGGACCAACAGCGUCUGGAGCCAGAGUUCUUCCGAGUGGGCUUCUACGGCAAGAAGUUCCCUUUCUUUCUACGGAAUAAGGAGUUUGUGUGCCGUGGUCAUGACUACGAGCGUCUGGAGGCGUUCCAGCAGCGCAUGCUCAAUGAGUUCCCUCAUGCCAUCGCAAUGCAACACGCCAACCAGCCUGACCAGACCAUCUACCAGGCUGAAGCCCAAUAUCUUCAGAUCUAUGCUGUCACACCAAUCCCAGACAGCCAGGACGUCCUGCAGCGUGACGGCGUCCCCGACAACAUCAAGAGCUACUAUAAGGUUAACCACAUCUGGAGGUUUCGCUACGACCGCCCGUUUCACAAGGGCACCAAAGACAAAGAAAACGAAUUUAAGAGUCUGUGGGUAGAAAGAACAACAUUAACGCUUGUUCAGAGUCUCCCAGGCAUCUCACGCUGGUUUGAAGUGGAGAGGAGAGAGCUGGUGGAGGUGAGUCCUCUGGAGAAUGCUAUCGAGGUCAUCGAGAACAAGAACCUGCAACUGCGGACGCUGAUCACGCAAUGUCAAACCCGGCAGAUGCAGAACAUCAACCCCCUGACCAUGUGUCUCAAUGGAGUCAUCGACGCGGCUGUCAACGGAGGUCUCGCUCGCUAUCAGGAGGCGUUCUUCGUGAAGGACUACAUCAUGAAUCACCCCGAAGACGGAGACAAAAUCGGCCGUCUCCGAGAGCUCAUGUUUGAGCAGGCUCACAUACUGGAGUUUGGUUUGACGGUGCAUGAGAAGUUUGUUCCUCAGGACAUGCGGCCUCUGCACAAGAAACUGGUGGAUCAGUUUCAUCUGAUGAAAUCCAGCCUCGGCAUACAGGAGUUUCCAGCCUAUGUGCGAGCCAGUCCGAUCCACUUCAACGGAAGCCCUCGAGCCGGAAGAAACUCAGCACCCAACAUAAUGAGUCCAGAGGGAGGAGCGCGUGUGGUGUCACGCCGCAGUCCCCUCAGCUACCCAGCGGUCAACCGCUACUCGUCAUCCUCGCUGUCGUCGCAGGCCUCCAAUGAAGUGAGCAACAUCACGGGCCAAUCAGAGAGCUCAGAUGAAGUCUUCAACAUGCAGCCAAGUCCGUCUACCUCAAGUCUCAGUUCCAAUCACUCUGCCUCUCCCAACGUGACCAGCUCGGCUCCGUCCAGUGCCAGAGGUUCUCCACAGUUGUCAGAUAAACACAAGCAUUCCCGAGAGAACUGCCUCUCGCCGCGAGAGAGACCCUGCAGUGCCAUAUAUCCAAACCCCCUGGAUCCCGCACAGAGGCCGGUUCCACACCCAGCGGGCAACGCCUCCUUGCCUCGCAGUGACCCCAACAUCUCCACCCCCGACAAAGUGGUGAAGCCCGCACCAAGUAGCUGGAGUCUAGACAUGCCGCUCUCUGAUUUUAAUGGAAAGUGUCCCCCUGUCCCUCCUAGACCACCGUACUCAGGAUCUCCUGCCAAGACUACACGAUCACAGUCCCCCGUGAUGACAUCACGCUCGCCGCAGAAGACCUCUGUGCCUCCGUUCACCCCCUCGCCCACAGAGUGCCAGUCGACAGGGUUGGUGUCGAAUUCUCCGGUGCUUUCCAGAAGCUACAGCAGCGGCAUCUCGUCUCUCAGUCGCUGCAGCGUCUCUGAGGCCUCCGGAACUGAGAACACGCCCACUGACCACGCUCUCCCAAACUCCGCCUCCAGUGGAUCAGACGAGCUCAUUCGACGGGAGAACAAAACCCCGCCUCCCUACAGCAUACACGAUCGGAACAACCCCCGCAGACAGGUCCCACUUCCACCGAGCCUGUCGAUUCCUCCAAGCAUCGACGCACCACCUAUUCCUCCCAAACCGCACCAGAUUCGAAGGCAAGACACUGAGCCACGCCGACCGGACCAGUUUCCCAGACCCCGACCCAUUCCCAGGAAAGUCUCACAGCUCUAGCGCUGCGCCCUUCACUCCAUCCCCACCAUUUGCACUUUUACACUUAACCUCUCUGGGUUUACGAUUACAAACUCCCGAUUUAGAUUAAAGGGGUCAUAUGAUGUUGCUAAAAAGAA